CAGUCCUCCGCUGUGAAGAGCAUAUUCCCACCGCGUCGUAGUCAACUCGCAGACUUUACCAAGCGUGUUGGAAGUGUGUUGGGAUCUUUCCGCCUCAUUUUAUCCCCGAGUUCUUCCCAUAUGCCCCCCUCACAUUACGACACAGGGAAUGCAGCAGCACUCGAAGUCGCCACAGUCGAUGCAGCGAGUCUUGCCACCCGUAGCCUCAGCCGGCUUGACGAUGCUCUCGAUGGUGGAGGAGGCAGCGCUACCCGGACCGUUCCGGUUGACGAGCGAGGAGUGCGAGCCACAGGCCAUGAUUAGGUAUUGGUUCUGCUUAGGAGGGAGUAGUAGCAGUUUUCUCCGGAAGAGACCUGUGGGCUCAAGAGGUUAGUCGACCCGAUACCGCCAGUUUGUUGCCUCUGCCUUGUUUUAUGUAUGUAUGCGAGCUCCCCAUAAACAAGC